UGACUUACUUCCGUGAAGCCACUGUGCAUACACAAGAGCUCUUGGAUCUACUUGUUAAAUGUGAAAAUAAAAUCCAAACAAGGGUUAAGAUUGGGCUGAACUCCAAGAUGCCUAGUCGAUUUCCUCCUGUUAUCUUCUACACUCCAAAGGAAAUUGGUGGGCUUGGAAUGCUGUCUAUGGGUCAUAUUUUGAUCCCACAAAGUGACCUUCGAUACAGCAAGCAGACAGAUAUUGGUGUAAGCCAUUUCAGGAGUGGAAUGAGCCACGAGGAGGAUCAACUGAUUCCUAAUCUUUACCGUUACAUACAGCCUUGGGAAAGCGAAUUUAUUGAUUCACAGCGGGUGUGGGCAGAGUAUGCUUUGAAGAGGCAGGAAGCACAGGCCCAAAAUAGACGGUUGACGCUGGAGGAUCUGGAGGACUCUUGGGAUAGGGGAAUUCCUCGCAUAAAUACGCUGUUUCAGAAGGAUAGGCACACUUUAGCGUAUGAUAAAGGUUGGAGGGUCCGGACCGACUUCAAACAGUACCAAGCCCUGAAACAAAAUCCUUUCUGGUGGACACACCAGAGGCAUGAUGGUAAACUGUGGAACUUAAACAAUUAUCGAACUGAUGUCAUCCAAGCUCUUGGAGGGGUUGAGGGUAUUCUUGAGCACACCUUAUUCAAGGGAACAUACUUUCCGACAUGGGAAGGUCUUUUUUGGGAGAAGGCAUCUGGAUUUGAGGAGUCGAUGAAAUAUAAGAAGCUGACAAAUGCCCAGAGGUCUGGGCUGAACCAGAUUCCGAAUAGAAGAUUUACGCUCUGGUGGUCGCCAACAAUUAAUCGAGCGAAUGUGUAUGUGGGUUUCCAAGUCCAGUUGGAUCUGACAGGAAUAUUUAUGCACGGAAAGAUUCCUACUCUUAAGAUAUCUUUGAUCCAGAUAUUCCGUGCCCAUUUGUGGCAAAAGAUCCAUGAGAGUGUUGUUAUGGACCGUUGCCAAGUACUGGAUCAAGAGUUGGAUGCUUUGGAGAUAGAAACUGUGCAGAAAGAGACGAUUCAUCCACGGAAGAGUUACAAGAUGAAUACCUCUUGUGCUGAUGUUCUUCUAUUUGCUGCCCAUAAAUGGCCAAUGUCUAAGCCUAGUCUAGUGGCUGAAUCAAAGGAUAUGUUUGAUCAGAAAGCAAGUAACAAGUAUUGGAUAGAUGUACAACUUCGAUGGGGAGAUUAUGACUCCCAUGAUAUUGAACGCUAUACUAGGGCCAAAUUCAUGGAUUACACAACUGACAACAUGUCUAUCUAUCCAUCUCCGACGGGUGUUAUGGUUGGGCUUGAUUUGGCCUACAACUUGCAUUCUGCCUUUGGUAAUUGGUUCCCUGGUUCAAAAAUCAAAACCGCUGCUUGCUCAAGCAAUGAACAAGAUCAUGAAGUCAAAUCCCGCUCUAUAUGUGUUGAGAGAGAGGGUAAGGAAAGGUUUACAAUUGUACUCAUCUGAGCCUACGGAGCCAUAUUUGUCAUCACAAAACUAUGGUGAAAUAUUCAGCAAUCCGAUCAUAUGGUU